GCCCUUGUUCUAGCGUUUUGGCGCCCUUGUUGUUUGCCCCAAUCUGGAUCUUUGGCAUGGAGGGGAGCUCCCGGCGUGAGAGGCACUGAUCUUGAGGUUUCUGGAGCAAACGCUAUGGAUGCCUUCCAGCAGCCUCCGGGCGACAAGCCUGAGGAGCACAACCCCCAGCAAGGAUUGGGUCAAUCGAUCUGGCAAACGACUCAAGAACAGCCAUUGUUUCAAAAAAUUGAAGCUUCCGGACCUUCGCAGGCGCAGCUAAGCGGGAGAAAACUCGUCAGGCAGCUCGAUUUUACGGCUUCCAUAAAGCCACAAAAAGGAGAAACUUUUGCAAAGAAAUCCAAGCAGUGCAAUUGCAAGAACUCUCGCUGUUUAAAGCUGUACUGUGAAUGCUUUGCUUCUGGUGUUUAUUGCGAUGGAUGCAACUGCUUGAAUUGCUGGAACAAUUCCGAGAAUGAGAAAGUAAGGCAGGAAGCUGUGGAGCUAGCUCUAGAGCGGAAUCCCAAUGCUUUUCGACCGAAGAUUGGCAGCAGUCCUGGAGUCCAGGAACUUGUACGAGAGCCUCAAGCGACCGUAGCCAGGCACAACAAAGGUUGCCAGUGCAAGAAAUCCGGCUGCUUAAAGAAGUACUGCGAGUGCUUUCAGGCCAACAUACUCUGCUCGGAGAACUGCAGAUGUGUGGAUUGUAGGAACUUCGAUGGCAGUGAUGAGCGGAGAAUACUGCCUCAUGAUCUUCUCUCCCCGCCAGCGAGCAGCGGCAGCGCUGCCUCUGCGUCAACUGGAUUGUUGAGCUGCCCGCCGUCGUCUCCAACAGCUGCCAAGAAAAGAAGAACACAAGAUCUUGUAUUUAUAGGCCACUCGCUGAAAGAACAGCCGUCUCGAGCGACGCAGGCGCAAGUGAACGCUUUAAGAGCAGCUAACAGCCUGCUCAGCACCACCUUGGGAGGCCCAGGACUGCAAACUUCUCCUGCAGUAAGGUCGAUUCGCGGAUCACUCUUAACGGGAGUUGUGCAACCUGAGGUGGUGGAGGAGCUUUGCAAGUUGCUCGUGAUUGUCUCUGCCGAGACAGCCAAAACGUUUCUUGAAUCCACGAAGUCGCAACAAGGAGAGCAGGCUCGACAACGAGAUGUGGAAGAGAAAGACCAAGAGGAGUCCGCGAGAGACUCCGAAGCAACCUCCGCAAUGGCUAGGAACCAGCGCGAGCUCUCGCCGGGAACGCAAGCUCUUAUGUGCGACGAGCAGGACCUUGGCUCGUCGUGCAAGGAGCAAAGCCCAGAAGAGAGCAGCAUGCGCUUGUGUGCCGAGCAGGAGCGACUGAUUCUCAUGGACUUCCGUGAUUGCCUGAAGAAGAUCAUCGCGGUUGGAAGGAAGCGAGCCUCGCUCUUCUCCGCGGAGAUGGCGAGAACGGAGAUGCUGGCGGCGUCGCGAGCUCGAGGAAUGUCACCAGUAGCAACAGCCAGUCCGAUGGAUGGCCAAACUCUUCCACAACCAGUUCCUGGGUCUAGUUCCAAGCAACCAGCGGUAUCUAGCGGCUCGCAGCUCUAACGAUUCCUUGUCUCCGGAGGCUCCAAUUAUUCGUUUGACACCUCACAGCCGUGAGGAUCAUCAGAAAGUUAUAUGCUACGAGUAUGGAUUCACAAUCUCGCUGUCUGUAUCUCCGACCAUCCAGUCUUCCAGGACUCCCUAUAAUAUAUCAAAGAAGAAAGUUUUAGCGA